AUGAGUGAAGGACAUGCAAACCUCUUUGCGAGUGCAAUCCCAGAAAAUGGAUCAUCCAGCACCAUGGGAUCAAAUCCAAUUGGAACAAAUGACGAAGAUCAAGCCAACCCUACUGGACAGGAUGGACCUGGAACUAGAGACCGAGCCAACUCUGUUGCGCAGGAUGAGAAUCUCAACGAUGACACAGGAGAAAUCCAAAUCCCACUUCGCAAUAACGAGAGCAAUGACGACCUCGAUGAAUUCACUUGA